AUGGGAUGUAAUUCAACAAAAUAAAAUGGACUUUAGCAAAUAUAAUGUGAGAAUAUAAAAAAGACUUCAAAAUAAUCAACUGAAUUGCUAGAAAUUUAAUAAAAUAUUCUCAAACACUUAAACCAAUAUUAAUGUUAAAUAAGAACUAGUUUUACCUCUUCAAAAAAUGAUCUAUCAUCACUAUGUAAUAUCUAAUAUAAAUUUACAGAAAAUUCAAGAAUGAGUAAUUAAAAACCAGAGAUGACAUUAUCUACAAUUGUUCUUUAAACAGAAAUAGGAACACAGUCGCUUAAGAAGAAAUCAGACUAUUGAGUCUUGUACCUGAG